GAGUGGAGCAGAAGAAAGUGUGGAAAAGACUGAAUUGCGUGCGUGCCUGCCUGCUCUUCUUCACUAUGCUUCCCAGUGCUUUAUCUGCCCGCACUGGAGUGCACUGGGAUAUACUGGGCUCCCCUGCACUACUAGACACAACUCCAGGCUUUGGGAACCUGGGAAAGAGUUUCCUAAUUGAGAACUUGCUGCGAGCCAGCAAUGACUCUUCACAGUGUCUUCCAGCUCCUUUUCCCUUAGCUCGGUCAGUAGCAGCAGCCACUGACACCGCGGCGGAAAUCCUGGAGCAUCCCCUCUCAUCCAACCUCGUAGCCCUCAAGUUGUGCCCAGGAGCAGAACAACGUACUUAUCGGACUCAUUGGGCUUUUCAAGUGCUUAACUCUUCGACUGACUGCAGUCAGCUGCCAGGCCAAGCUCUCGGAGAUCAAGGUGGCGCUUUCCAAUUUGCUGUGCCAGCUUCUUCCAAACUUUUUUUUCUGAGAUCCCCACAAUUCUACUCAACUUGCUGCGGUGGGUCCUGUCAGCACCCUGUGUCCCCUACUGCUUUACCCAGAGAGGAUACCAUGUUGCCUCUACUGACACAGGACUCCAAUUCCAAAGCACCAAGAGGAAUUUUAAGAAGAGCUGUAUUUUCUGAUGACCAGAGAAAAUCUCUGGAGAAAAUGUUUCAGAAGCAGAAGUAUAUCAACAAAACAGACAGAAAGAAACUCUCUAUCAGUUUGGGACUAAAGGAGUCACAGGUGAAAAUUUGGUUUCAAAAUAGAAGAAUGAAAUGGCGAAACUGCAAAGAAAAAGAAGUACUUUCCAACCAGUAUAUCAAGGAAGAAAGUUUUCAAGAGAAUCAAGCUUCAAGAUCUACUCUAGGCUUCACAUCCCCUUGUCCCAGAAUAUGGAAAGUAUCUCAACAGCACCCAAGUUCAAGAUGGAGGGAAAUUUCACCAGAGCCUUCAGAAAGACUAAACUAUGAAAAUUCAUUGCAGCUACUUCCACAAGCAAAUUCCUAUCAUUCAUUGUAUUUGUAUUCUGAAGCAGACACUAGAGAGAAGGGAAUUACUGCAGCCAUAUGAAAAAUAAUUGAAAACUAUGCAUUGAUUACAAAAGCAGAAACUUGAAACCAAUACUCUUUUUAAGCUAACAAUAUUGG